GAGUCGAGCUGUCGCUGCUGCACCGCAGAAACGCUGGAGCCGCGGAGCCGGGCGAGACGGUGGCUGCUGUGUGGCUGCUGUGAGUGUAUAAAAGUACCCAUGGAGAACACGGAGAACUCGGUGGAUUCAAGAUCCAUCACAAACUCAGAAACGAGGUUCAUACCUGGCAGCAAAUCGAUGGACUCUGGAAUAUCCCUGGACUAUAGUUACAAAAUGGACUAUCCCCAGAUGGGCGUAUGCUUAAUAGUCAAUAAUAAGAACUUUCAUCAAGAUACUGGAAUGGCAUGUCGGACUGGUACAGAUAAGGAUGCAAAAGACGUCAGGGAAACAUUCAUGAGCUUGAAAUACGAAGUCAGGAACAGUAACGACCUUACACGCAAGGAUAUGUUGGAAUUGAUGCGCAGUGUGUCUGAAGAAGACCACAGCAGGAGGAGCAGUUUUGUCUGCGUGUUUCUGAGCCACGGCGAGGAAGGGGUCAUCUUUGGGACGGACGGACCUGUCGAGCUGAGGGACUUAGCGUGCUUCUUCAGAGGGGAUCGCUGCAGGAGCCUGACCGGCAAACCCAAACUUUUCAUCAUUCAGGCCUGCCGGGGCACGGAGCUGGACUGCGGCAUCGAGACGGACAGCGGCACGGACGAGGACAUGGCGUGCCAGAAGAUUCCGGUGGAGGCCGACUUCCUGUACGCGUACUCCACGGCGCCCGGUUACUAUUCCUGGAGAAACGCGAAGGAGGGGUCCUGGUUCAUCCAGUCGCUCUGUGCGUUGCUGAAACAGUACGCGGGCAAGCUCGAGCUCAUGCACAUUCUCACUCGGGUUAACCGGAAGGUGGCGCUGGAAUUCGAGUCCUUUUCCUUUGACCACACUUUCCACGCAAAGAAGCAGAUGCCGUGCAUCGUUUCUAUGCUCACAAAAGAGCUGUAUUUUUAUCACUAAGGAAAUAUAUUUCUUUUUUUAAGUUUCUAUGCCAAGGGAGGGAAACGGCGUAACUGAUACUGUAUUUUCCCAUCAUUUAAAUCCAGUCUGGUACUUUAAACCUUGUCCCUUGUAACAGUUUGUCCUUUGCAACAUGCCACCUUCAUAGCAGUAGGACUGCUUACGAAGUGACCUCAAACUCAGAAUCGGGUAGUUGAGAUUGAAUGGAAUUAGGAAUAAAUAAAUGCUAGUGGCACACUUAAUGAAAGGAACUGAUCGUGAAUGAACAGCUGUCAUCAUUGACAGGUUUUCGUGAUGCUCUGUCAUGUAGUUUCAAGUAAUUACGGUGAGAGUUAAGCAUUGAGUAAUGAACUGCGGCGACCUUGAUACGCUCUCCUAUGAAAGUUUGCAUCCUGGUUUUUGUCCGACUGUAGGAACGACGAUAGGAUGAUGUAUGGGGAUGGGAUAAUAUGUCUAGAGUUUCGGGAGCCGUGUGCAUGGCGUGAAGACCCUGAUUUUAGAACUGGUAUUUGGAGAAAUACUAGCUGUGUCUUUAGAUUAUUUAUCUGAGCGUGUGGUUUUGUGAUGUUUGUCCUGGGCAUGUAUUUUCAUAAAAAAAAAUCAUGUUUAAUACUGAAAAACAUUUACUUGAAAGUGCGAGCAAUCUGAGUGGAGAGUUUUGAGGCUGCAUGCGUCCUCAUGCAAGGGCCAUGCGGUCAGAACUGUCCAGUUCUCCGGGGCAGCUCCUGUGUCCUGUGUUUGCCACUGGACACUCUGAAGAGCUAGCCAUUCGGUCAGAACCUCAGAUUGUCCAUCAAACGGAGCACAUCAUGACUUGAAGAGAUCCUGUCAGGACUCGCUAAAAUACAAUGGAGGGAAUCCACGGGGAACGGGAGGGAGAACUCAGACACGGAUCUGCUGGGCCCUGUGUGGUUAGGGGGUGGGUUGGGCCUGGCGGAGACUCGGCCCAGCCUGUGUGAUGGAGGCGGGACUGCAGACCACGGCUUCAGGGGAAGGCUGGCCAGUUUCUUCCCACGUACUGGUCUGCGGGGAGAACGUCCACCAGGCAGGCAUCUCCAAGAAACCGAACCAAAUCGGAGACUUAACGAAAUGGCCGAUUUCCAAAGAUGGUGAGAGUCACGGUGACAUCCGUAGUACCCUGCGUGGUAAACUUGGUGAGCAUGUAUUAGUGUCUGCUGGAGUCUGCAGUCAAAGGAAAAUGAUAUGGUUAUGAUUACAGAUGGUUCUCUGAAAUG